GAACUUCGGGAAAUGUCUGAGUUAACACCUCGAAAUCCCGUCAUGUCUGCUCUGAUUCGCAUUGUACAUCUAUCGGGGAAAGAGGAAGACUUCCAAUGAAUCGAGUAUUUGGUCUGAAGGAAGGUCUUCUUGUUGCCCCUUCUUACAUCAACUCUGUACUGUUCCCUUCUCUGCGCCCGGUGAGGCAGAAGAGCCCCAAUCAUCACCCCUGGUCUACCCCUCUAUUUCCCCUCCAAAAAGUGCGAUAAGAUAAGCAGCAUUGGAUUGGGAAGAAAAUUUUAUUUCACACAUGUUUCAUUAAAACUUCUCCUCUGAUUUGUUCUCUUCCAGAAGAGGAUUUUACUGUCAACAACCCAAGCAUACACGAGACCCUUGUCGAAGCACUGUGACUCUCUCGAAAAUUGUGCCACGAUCUUCUCCAGAAUCCUUCUCUGCAAGUCAUUCCAAAUAUAGUCGAAAAUGUCCUCUUCUCCUGUCCCAGCGACCUGCAAGGUUAUCUUGGCCCAAGGAAUUGCUAAAAAGUUACUUGGAGAAGUUGCGACGGAUCUAGAGAAGUUGACCUUCAAGCCUAAGCUUGUGGGAUUGUUGGCAAAUGAAGAUCCUGCAGCCCAGCAGUAUGCGGACUGGUCAAUGGCAACAUGCAUUGAGAAUGGUUUCGAUUUUGAACUCCGAAAGUUCACCAAAGAAGAGAUCGAAGACGAAAUCCUCAAAGCGAACAACGACGAUUCCAUUCACGGUAUCAUCGUAUACUACCCAAUCUUCCCCGCACCUUCUCUACAAGAUGGAUAUAUCCAACAAAUAGUCGCUCUCAACAAAGAUGUAGAAGGAUUGGCGCACACCUACCGUUUCAACAUGUACCAAAACAUUCGAUUCCUUGACGCUCCUCAGAACACCCAAAAAUCGAUUUUACCUUGCACACCUUUAGCCGUUGUCAAAGUUCUCGAACAUCUACAAAUUUAUAACUCGGUUCUCCCAUAUGGUAACCGUUUAUACGGAAAGACGAUCACGGUAUUCAACCGCUCAGAGGUUGUCGGUCGUCCAUUGGCUGCUUUACUUGCCAAUGAUGGUGCUACAGUCUACUCUUGUGAUCUUGAUGGCGUGAAGCUCUUUACCCGUGGUAAGGGUAUCAAGAAGAUCCACCACGAGGUACACGAUAUGGAAGGAAUGAAGAAUGACGAAUGUUUGCCCAAGAGUGAUGUGGUCAUCUCCGGUGUUCCAGGAGAGAAAUUCAAGAUCAAUACUGAGUUGAUCAGGGAUGGGGCUGUUUGUAUCAAUUUCUCAUCUCAAAAGAAUUUCGAUGGUCCUGCUGUGAAGGAGAAGGCUUCGAUUUAUGUACCUUCCAUUGGAAAGGUUACAAUCGCCGUUUUGUUGAGAAAUCUUUUGAGAUUGGUCGAAAACCAAGGAAAGGGGGCCGCAAAGCCAGUGGAACCAUUAAACUAAAAGGGAAUUGGGCAAUUAAGGAGGAACCGAAAAUUAGAAAGGCGUUUUUGGAAUAUUUAUACCAAAGAGGAGUUGAAAAUGAUAAAGGAUAGGAUAAAAGUGAUAAAGAAAUUCUCAUAAUUGAAUUGGAUUUGGUAUUUGUACUCCCAUCUGUUUAACAUGUUAUCUCAUUUAGCGAUAGUGAAUCGGACAUGUCUUCUUUACUUCUUGAUUGUGGUGUUGAGACCUGGGUUGACAGGUUUGAUAAUAUUAGAGAAGAUAUAUACCAAUCCGAUGUCAUACACUGGUAUUCACGCCGACUGGAGGACUACUGAGUGAAUGUAAUGGGAAUGGGAAAUGUAAUGUGGAUAUUCUAAGUACUCAUCGCUUUCAUGUCUCUAUUUUAUGAUCUGGAUAUGUAUCCUGACAUUCACCAUUUCCUUCAUUUUCACCCAUAUACGAUGUCAUGAGAUACUAAAUAUCAAAUGAAUUUACGUAUAAAUUUUAGCGUGAGAUUUUAGCGUGAAA